UGGGAUCCAGAUCAGCAAGUCCCUGAGAGCUGCUUUGCUGAGUCGAGGCCGCAGAGCGCGGGCAAGGGAAUAAUGCGCGAGGCUGGGGGUAGAUCCUGGCUGGCUGGCUGGCUGUCUCGGUGUACAUGCUGCCACGACUCUGCGGUAACGCAAGAGGCGGUUGUGUGUCUGUGUGUGUGUGGUGCUGGGACUGUGCCUGGAAAGACAUGCUGCCAUGUUGUGGCACGGUGACAAUUGCGGCAGCGAGGCACAAGAGGCACAAGGGCCACUGGGAUUAGGACUUCCUG